UUUAAAUCAUUUUCUCCAAAAUAAAAAGGCUGCAAAAAAAAAACGAUAGACCUGAGCCGGUGAGCAACCGUGCCGUCACCGCUUCUGCAUAUAGGCUGCUUUCACGUUCCUUCAAUGGCGCCCCAUCUCCUUCGCCGUUCACACUAAUUCAGCAACACGAACUCACGAAGUUUAUUCCUAUCUUUCUUCCUUGGGUUCAGAUAUAUGCAUAUACAUCAUACCCAUGAAUAUCCUUUCUAUGCUAAGCGGAAAUCUCGCUACCCCUAUUAGAUACUGUCCAUAUCCUCAUCCCAUCCUAUGGAAAUCUUCUCGAAAGAAUUGCGACUGUUACCCUAAAUACGGUUCGGUAAUUAGUGGUUCAAGUCAUUCUGGGCAUAUGACUAUCCAAGCUUCAGGCUUGAAAGACAAUGGAGAGUUAGAAGAUGACGGGAAAGCUGCAAAAGGGUCUGGAUCUACGGCCAGAGGAAGGAGGCUGUUGAGGGUGCGGGAGGAGAAGAGGAAACGAGAAUAUGACCGUCUUCACAACUAUCCUUCUUGGGCCAAGGUGUUGGAAGAAGCCUGCCAGCAUGACAUAGAGCUUAGAUCCGUUCUGGGGGAUAGUAUUGGAAACCCCGAGCUUAUGAGAAAAAGGGUUGAAGAAAGGGUUCGAACCAAGGGACGAGAUUUUCAAAAGUCUAAAACUGGAUCUGUCCUUGCAUUUAAAGUCAGCUUUAGAGAUUUCAAUCCACUUGAUUCCUACAUAUGGUUUCAGCUAUACGGAGCACCAUCUGAUCGGGAAGUUGAUCUGUUUGGCAGUGUUGUUCAGGCCUGGUAUGUCAUGGGUCGUUUAGGUGCCUUCAACUCAUCUAAUUUGCAGGUGGCCAAUUCAUUCAUGGUCAACACCAAUCCUCUCUACGAUGCAGAAGCUGGGUUCAAGGUGAUGCCAUCGUCUUUUCAUGACAUUAGUGAUGUCGAGUUCCAGGACAAUUGGGGUAGAAUUUGGCUGCUUAUAUGGAGCAGAUGCAUAACAGGGUAGAUCUUGGAACAGCGGAUUUCUUUUCAAUCGACGUGCUUCUCAACUGCUUGACAGGGUUGAGCUCAGAAUACUUGGGCAUUCAACAGGUAGUGUUUGGUGGUCGCUGCAUGGGCGAUUGGGAAGAAGGGAUGACAGACCCUCAAGAUGGAUACAAGUACUUCAAAAUCUGAUAAUGGGAGAAAAUGGUGGAGAAGAGGGAAGAGCUUCAUAUUGAUCAAUCCACCCAUAUGUCCCUUUUCCCCCUAACUUAUACUCCGUAUAUCAUAAAUUGUAAAAAUUGCUUUGGUAAGAGCUAUAAUAUGAUAACGGCGUAGGUUUACCCUAAGUUCAUAAUAGUUUAAUCGCAAUCAACUUCGCAAAUCGCAAUAGUGUACCUGGUUUAUUAAAUCGGGUAUUUGUGCUUAUUCGAUCGUAUUGUACCUGGUAAACCACCUUUGAUGUUUUGUGCUGGAAUUUCAAACAAGUGGACAAUUGUUGAACUUUAUGAGUGAAGUCAUUUAAAGUAAAAUGUGCC